AUGCUCAAGGUUAAGAAAUAUUAUAGCAGUCAUCACUGUGGUGUGGGAUGUCAAAGGCUUUUCCACAGGCUCAGCAGUAAAUUUGCUUCUAGUCCUAUCAAGGAAGAAAUCAGAAGUGAUCCGAGUAUCAAAGCUUCUGAUUUGAAAAAGUUUUUUAAACAUAGCUACGAUGCCAUUCGCAGCACAAAUCCUGGGAGUUGUAUUGAUUUUCAAGUUCAAAGGGAUGAAACUGAAUCGAACAAGGAUAGUUUAACUGAUUUAGAAGUUGAAGCACCUUCAAAUAAGUUUGUGCGUCUUUUUAUUGCUUUCGAGGCAUGCAUCAGUGGUUACCGUUACCUUCAUCCCAUGAUUUAUGUCGAUGCUACCUUUCUUACAGGGAGAUUUAGAGGAUGCCUCAUGGCUGCAACCGGUAUCAAUGCUGAAAAUGGGUUCUUUCCACUAGCCAUGGCCCUAGUACCUGCUGAAGAUAAUGAUAACUGGGAAUGGUAUGGUGCCGUUAUUGAUGCAUUUCAUGCUGCUGUAUAUGCUCUUAGUCCUGAAGGCUUCCAAAAUGCCAUUGCUACGAUUAGGGGUCUUGGUUGUGGUUGGGUUGCAAACUAUAUUGAAGAUAUACCUCCCGAGAGAUGGUCAAAUGCCUUUUUUCAGGGUUGUAGGUAUGGAAGGAUAUCUUCUACUCUUGCUGAAUCCUUCAAUAGUUGGAUGAAGGUACAUAAGAAGCUCCCUGCUAAUGCUCUUCUGGAUCAGAUAAGGAAGGAUGUGAUGAGGAUGAUGUCAGAAAGGAGAAAUACCGAUAAUGUUAUUGCAUAG